GUCCGGUGUCAGCGGGCUGAUGGUGAAGAGGAGGCUGUUUGUUUGUUUGUUGUUGUUACUGCUGAGAGCCGCGGCGCCGCUUGUCCGGUUAAAACCGACAGUUUAACGGUACCGGAGACCCGAAAGAAAGAGAUUACCUCCCUCUAACGAACCCAGAGUCGCCUUCACAGUCUGCUGCAUCGAGCGGAAACAGCCCGGAAACAUGAAAUGGAUGUUCAAAGAGGAUCACUCCUUGGAACAUCGAUGCAUAGAGUCAGCCAAAAUCCGCAACAAGUACCCUGACAGGGUCCCGGUGAUCGUGGAGAAGGUCUCUGGAUCACAGAUCGUGGACAUCGACAAGAGGAAGUAUCUGGUCCCCUCCGACAUCACAGUGGCUCAGUUCAUGUGGAUCAUCAGGAAACGCAUCCAGCUGCCCUCAGAGAAAGCCAUCUUCCUGUUCGUGGACAAGACGGUGCCUCAGUCCAGCAUCACGAUGGGGCAGCUGUACGAGAAGGAGAAGGACGAGGACGGCUUUUUAUACGUGGCUUACAGCGGCGAGAACACCUUUGGUUUCUAAACAAAAAAAAACAAGGAGCCACGAUCUUGACCGGCCUUACCUGCUGACACCCACCCACAUCUAAUCACAGCCCUCGCUCGGCCCCUGGAGAACGCGCUGGGAAGCCCCAGAA